GGACUUCCGAGAUUGCGCAGUGGGGGCGUCGGCCGGACCCUUCGGCCUGGGCUGGGAGGGGGCGACGCUGAAAUGGGGGCAGCGGCCGCGGAAGCGGAUCGCACUCUGUUUGUGGGCAACCUUGAAACUAAAGUGACAGAGGAGCUCCUGUUUGAGCUUUUCCACCAGGCUGGGCCAGUAAUAAAGGUGAAAAUUCCAAAAGAUAAGGAUGGUAAACCAAAGCAGUUCGCAUUUGUAAAUUUCAAACAUGAGGUGUCUGUUCCUUAUGCAAUGAAUCUACUUAAUGGCAUCAAACUUUUUGGAAGGCCCAUCAAAAUUCAAUUUAGAUCAGGAAGUAGUCAUGCCUCACAGGAUGUCAGUUUGUCAUAUCCCCAGCAUCAUGUUGGAAAUUCAAGCCCUACCUCCACUUCUCCUAGCAGCAGAUACGAAAGGACAGUGGAUAAUGUGGCUCCAUCAGCACAGAUGAUCCAGAGGUCUUUCUCAUCUCCAGAAAAUUAUCAGAGACAAGCAGUGAUGAACAGUGUUUUGAGACAGAUGUCAUAUGGUGGGAAAUUUGGUUCUCCACAUGUGGAUCAGUCAGGAUUCUCGCCAUCAGUUCAGUCCCAUAAUCAUGCUUUUAUCCCGUCGUCAAGCUCCCAGUGGCGCCAGGAUACCCCGUCGUCGCAGCGUAAAGGCAGGCAGAAUUCUCACCCCUACCUGGCAGACAGACAUUACAGCCGUGAGCAGCGGCACUCUGAUCACGGGUCUGACCGCCACUACAGAGGCAGCCGCGAUGAUUUCUUCUAUGAAGACAGGAACCAUGAUGGCUGGAGCCAUGACUAUGAUAACAGGAGAGACAGUAGUAGAGAUGGAAAAUGGCGUUCGUCUCGGCACUGACAGGUGUUAAAAGGACGAUGUUUUAUAGGGUCAUUUUAGGCACUUUUGACUAAGUUGAUCUGGAAAUAUUUUGUUUAGAAAUUGUACAGAGCAGCUUUACAAGUUGCCACCUUUCUUUAUAAAUUUUUUUAAAGCUGAUAGCUACAGUUUAAUACAGAAAGGAAGAUUGUGGUUCUACUUUUAUUACAUUAAUAACCUUUCACCUCAGGGUUUUAAGCAAAGGAAAGUGCCACAUCUCUUUAGACAGUUUAGGAAGGGUGGAUUAUAUAGAUUGUUUGAAUUAUAAAGCAAAUAUUUUAAUUAUCUGUUAUCCUUUUGUAUUGCAAGAAAUUUCUUGUUAGUGAAUCAGAUUUUGGUGUGUAUAAUAGAAAAUAUGCAAAUUGAUAGUCUGAAAUGGCUAUCUGUAUUUUGGUAAUAAACUAGAAAACACAACAUUUCAGUGACUCAUUAACAUUUUAUUUGAUGAAACUCAAUGGUUAACUUUGGGGAUAAAUCAUAUUGCGUAACUUAAAGAAUUCAACUAAAUUCUGUGAUGUGCUUUUUUAGUUUUACCCUGUUUGAACACAUAAGUAUAAAUCUAUACAUGCUCUGUCAUUCUGAAGUUUGGAAUUUAUUCAAUAAAUCAUGUUUGAUGUA